AUGAAAAAAAUUCAUACAAUUACCGCUGUUUCGACAUUCCUGGCGAGGUUUUUGAGUUCAGUACUGGUUGGUUCAGAAGAAACCAGUUCCAACGACAUCAAAUGCACCCCAUGCCAGCAACAAAACCCAUCGCCGCCUCCACCGUCUCCACCUCCACCUGCUUCUAGCUCCAACUACUGUCCACCACCGCCGUCUCCACCCAGCUCUAGCGGUAGUGGUGGUAACUACUACUACUCUCCACCACCACCACCAUCACAAUCCGGAGGUGGUAACAACUACUACGCUCCUCCGCCGCCAAGUGGCGUCAUCGGUGGCAUGUAUUACCCUCCACCGACGUACAAAAACUACCCAACGCCGCCACCUCCGAACCCCAUUGUGCCUUACUUCCCAUUUUAUUACCACACUCCCCCGCCGCCUUCGGGGUCUGAAAAACUGCUAGCUUGUUGGGUCUCAACUCUUGUUCCCUUGAUGUGUUUCUUCCUUCAUGCCUUUAGACAUUGA